CUUCCUUUUUUUUCCAGCCGCCGACCCGCUGGAGCAGAUCGGGUCGUCUCCGGCGCCGUCGUCCUCCCCGCGCUGCCUCCCCCCGCCACUGGCACCAGCUCGACCUGAUCUCCCUCUCGCUAUCAAUGCUGCACCUCCCUCCAUGGUGCUCAACCGGCAUCAGCUCGGUCUUCCUGCUUCCAGUAGCUCGCUCCGCGCCGGCCGGCUCCAGCGCGGACGGCGACGAGGUGGCGCUCCGUGCAGCACCUUCACCGUGCGCACGAACGUGGCGCUCGACGUCCUUGCAAUUAGCGGCUUGUGUUGCAUAUAUGCAUUUUAGACGAUGUUUUUGAGGAUGUUACUUCCAUUCUGCGGUCAGUCCUCUGCAAUCUCAUAUGGACACAUAGAGGAACAGAGAAUUAAAGGUUGAUUUCAAGAAAAGGCUAGUGUGCAUUUGUAGAUUUGCAGCUUGUAGCUUAGGUUUUCUUCAUGGAUGCAUGGUUAGGGAAACAAUGAUGUGUACGUAUAUGCUUGGCACACUAAUGUCUGAAAAAAUCAGCAUGAAGUGUUCAGAUAUAUUGCUGAAGAGUUAGGUAGUCUGCUCCCGAGGAAUUGUAUGUUUCGUGGAUGAUUAGGCAUUCUGCAAUCAUUUAUACACAGAGAAAAGCUAGCAAUUAAAGAUUGACUUCCAACAAAGGCUAAUGUGCAUUUUAGAUUUGCAGGUUGUAGUAUUCAACAGUAGUAAUGCACUUGCAGAUCUACUUCAUGGAUGUAUGGUUAGAGACAAUGAUGCAUAUAUGCUUGACACACUAAUGUCUGAAGAAAUUAAUGCAAUGUUCAGACAUAUUGUUGAAGAAUUAGGUUGUGUGCUACUGAGUAAUUCUGUAAUUGUAUGUUUCUUGUAUGAUUAGGCGUUGUGCAACUUAACAAUGGGUAACUUAUAAACUUUGCAGUGCAAUUUUACAAUGAGUAACUUCUAGAGUUUAUAGUGCUAUUCUUGCGUAGGUAGACCGUGUAGUGACAUCUGUGCUAAUUAAACAUGACACAAGUAGAUCUAGUGGUAUUUUGGAAAUUGUUUUCUUGCUCAUAUCCAUGGGAAAACAGUAGGAAAUAGUAACACAAUAUCAGCUAGUCAGAACACAAUAAUAGUCCAGGGGUACCGUAUUAUAGACUUUUCAUCAGACAACCUAGACCAUAAGCUCAAACGACAGAAAACAAAAAGAAUGACUGCAUUUGUUUAGCUGCUUUUUUCCACUGCUAUUCAGUGGGCAGUUAAGCUUAAGCCGUCUCCUUGAGCCGAAAAUAAGUAGGCCUUAGUAUGGCUGCGGGACAUGUAGUUGGUAGAAAAAGUCCCAAAUGCCCAUGGGUGCUCGAUGAUGUUUCAGUCCUGAUUCGGCACGGUUUAUUGGGUUUUGUUAUGACAUAUAGCACAAAUCAUAUAUUUGGCACAUGUUUUUAAUGGAAAUGAACAUUUUUUUAUGAAGUGAAAUGAUGCAAAGAACAAUGUUUUAAUGUAGUUAAAAGCAUUUAAAGGCGAUACAAAAUUAUCUAAAGAUGAUUAUAUACAACCAAUCUGUGUUACGCACACAUUAAGAAAUUGUUCGUAGACACUGGAGCAGAUCAGAGAACAAGAGAUUGCACACUUUGAAGAAAUUGUUAUCACACAAAAUUAACUAGAAUGUGGGAUGCUGCUGGACUACUACAUGCAUAUUGCUUUGUUCUUGAGUCAUUUUAUAUAUGUAAAUUAAUUUCUUAUUGUCCACCAUCGGCGGUUCCAGUAUAAAGGAGUGAGCUACCGUUGCACAUGCAUGAGCAGGUACAGUAUCAAUGCCGACAGCAUUCUUGCUGAUGGCCCUACUCCUGGCGGCAGCUGCAGCGUCAGCCACCGCCGAGGCGGCAGGGAGCCUCGUGGUGACCCAUGGCUGCGGCAUGAGCUGCGGCGGAGUGGUCAUCCCCUACCCUUUCGGCAUCGGCGGCGGCUGCUUCCGCAAGGGCUUCGAGAUUGAGUGCGUAAACAACGGCCGCCCUGUGCUCGCCGGCACGUCCAUCCAGGUGGUGCACCUGUCGGCUGAUCCGGCGGAGUCGCUGGUGUUGCUCCCCGUCGGGUGGAUGUGCUACAACGCCUCGAACCCCAGCAAGGCCGCAGACUUCAGCUACGCCGAGACGGAGAUGAACAAGGACGGCGUGUACCGCAUCUCCAACACGCACAAUGAGCUCGUCGUCCUCGGCUGCAACACCAUGGCCUACACCGCCAGCGGGAAGACCGAGGGCGGUGGCGCGGCGUACCCGUACGCCUACUACACCGGGUGCAUGUCCUACUGCAAUGACUCGGCGAGCGCGCGGGACGGCCUCUGUGCCGGCGUCGGGUGCUGCCGCGUCGACAUCCCGCCGGGCCUCACCGGCAACUACUUCGAGUUCCAUGCCUACAAUCACUCCACCAUGAUGGACUACAGCCCCUGCGACUACGCCUUCCUCGUCGACAGGAACAACUACACCUUCCGCCGCUCCGACCUCCUCAUGGACACCAACCGGACCUCGCCCGUGUGGCUCGACUGGGCCAUCCGCGGCGACGUAUUAUCGUGCACGCAGGCGGCCAAGACGGGUCAGUCCGCCUGCGUUAGCGCGCACAGCGACUGCGUGGAUUCCACCAAUGGGCCGGGCUACAACUGCAAGUGCUCCAAAGGCUACGAUGGCAACGCCUACCUUGCCGACGGAUGCACCAAUAUAGAUGAAUGUGCACAUCCGGUGAAGUAUCCUUGCUACGGUGUCUGCAAGGACACUCAAGGAUCUUACCAAUGCACCUGUCAUCCAGGUUACGAGAGCGAUGACCCAAGAACUGAACAAUGCGUUCCAAAGUUCCCACUUGCUGCACAGAUUUCCACAGGUGCAAUAGGUGGUGCACUUGUCAUCGCAUUUACGGCAUUUGUCAUUAUUAUUCGGAAAGAGAAGCGGAAGACCAAAGAGUUCUAUGAGAAAAAUGGUGGUCUUACCUUAGAGAAAGCUAAAGUUAUAAAGCUUUUCAAAAAGGAGGAGCUCAAGCCAGUUUUAAAGAUUAGCAAUUUAAUUGGAAAAGGUGGCUUUGGUGAAGUUUACAAGGGGGUUGUUGAUGACAUACUAGUCGCAGUAAAGAAACCAAUUAGUGGUAAUGUGCUGGAGAACAAGCAAUUUGCAAAUGAAGUCAUCAUCCAAUCCCAAGUCAUCCACAAGAACAUUGUUAGGCUCAUAGGUUGUUGCCUAGAAGUGGAUACCCCCAUGCUAGUGUACGAGUUCAUUUCCAAAGGAAGUUUGCAUGACAUUCUUCACAGGGUUGACAACAAGGAGCCUCUCAACUUGGAUGUGCGUCUAAGCAUUGUUGCAGAAUCAGCACAUGGUCUAGCUUAUAUGCAUUCACAGGCCCAUACCAAAAUCCUGCACGGUGAUGUUAAACCAGCAAAUAUACUUUUGGAUGACAGCUUUGUGCCAAAGAUCUCUGACUUUGGCAUAUCAAGGUUGAUUGCAAUAGACAAGGAACACACUGCAAAUGUCAUUGGUGACAUGACUUAUAUGGACCCAGUAUACCUACAAACAGGCCUAUUGACUGAAAAAAGUGAUGUCUACAGUUUCGGGGUUGUCAUCUUAGAGGUCAUUAGCAGGAAGAAGGCCACUCAUUCUGACAACAACAGCUUGGUGACGAGUUUCCUCGAGUGCCACAAAGAGAAGAAGAAAGCAACCGAGUUGUUUGAUAAGGAAAUUGCAACCACAGGAAAUUUGGAGCUUCUUGACACACUAGCAGGGAUUGCUGUGGGAUGUCUCAACCUUGAUGUGGAUCAAAGGCCAUCAAUGACAGACGUUGUGGCGCGCCUUCUCACAUUGAAUCGAUCACGUAUGGUGUAACUUGGUUUGCGGAGUUGAGUUUUAGCAACAUGUAUGAACCUUUAUUGUGCAUCACAUUUAUUCCCAUUCCAAAGUCGAAGUGCAUCUUCAAGUAAGAUAUGCAACUUUCGAUGUGUGAACCUUCACUUAUUGUAUUUGCUGCUCUGAGAGGUAGGGGUUUCAGAGAACUUGUAGUACGAAUGUAGCAAGUAAUCGUGUGUUUUAUGUGACCAAAUGUAUGGAUUAAUUAAUUAAAUUCAUGUGUGAUGUUGCGAUUUGCUCUUGCUCCUGGAAACCU